ACAUAUAUGUAAUUCCACUGCUCAGAAGAAUCCUGUCAAAAGCCAUAGUGUUUAUAAAAUGGGCGUGAAAGAUAAGUCGCAGGCAUAUGCGGACGACGAAGCGAUGGAUACGAUCAGUAUCCUAAGCAGUUCUAUUGAUCAGUUAAGUGUUGGAUCCUCAGAGGAUGCGAAUACGUUGGAAAAUCCAAAAACAUGGAAUCAACAGUUUGAAAGUAUUGUUGAUGACUUAUUAGAAGUGAAAAAAUAUGGAUCGAAAGAACGCGAAGGACAUUUGAGAAAACUGUACAACUUGUGUACUCGACAUUACGUGAAACGAGUUGCUGAAAAAGUCGAACCUUUAGAGGAAAUCCUGUUAAAGCUUUUUCAUUCUUCGCCUUCAGAUACAGAAGUUAUUCUUUCGAUGAGGUUGCUGUGUGCUCUAUGUUUGGCUUCUGUGUUUUCGGUAGAGGGUCUUUGGAUUGCUACUGAAGGACGUUUCAAUGCUCUCGUAAAUGAUCCUCACCCGACGGCAGUGAAAUGCGAAGCAAUGCUUUCCUUUUCCUUAUUAACAGUCCUUUUGGAUUCCGAACCUGAUAUAAUGGAUUUUGGUUAUCAGCUUGUGAGCAUCAUCGAGUCUGAUGGUGCCAUUGUUGAUGCAGAGGACAACGAAGAAGUCGUUGGCAUAGCUUGCCAGUCUCUAGGACUUUUAGUUACUGGUAUAACCUCCUAUAGUGAAUUUGCCACCUCUGCUACCGAAGCGAUUGCGGAACAGUUAGAAGCUGCCAGCAUAGACGUACAGAUGGGCGCUGGACAAGCUCUAGCUGCUUUAUAUGAGCGAAUUGCGGAUGCUUAUUCCGAUGAAGACACUUUGAAAAACUCCAUUGACAACGAUAUUUUACCUGAUCGCGUUCAUUUGAUUUCUAUCCUCCGUGAUCUUUCCACGGAAUCCUCAAAAAGCAUUGCUAAAAAACAUAGAAAAGUUCUGCACCAAACCUUCCGAAGCGUUCUUCAAACAAUUGAGAAUCCUAAUUCACCUGUAAAUACAAAAUCUUCUAUGAGAAUAGGCAAAUCUACGAUCGAGCUUGACACUUGGAAAAAGAUUUUGCGAGCUCAAGGUCUCAAGUAUAUCCUCCGAUCAGCGUUUCCCGUAUAUUUUGCAAAAAGCUCUUUUCUUCGUAAUUUUAUGGAUUAUUCUGGGUACGUUGCUGGUGUAGCAACAAGCGAUCCAGAAUCCGACUAUGAAGGUGAAGAAGACAAUUAUAUUGAGGAUAAGACACAAGGACUUACAGAUGUUGAAAGGAGAGGACUAGAUCGUACUCGAGACAGACAAAGACGUCAACAACAGAGAAACAGAACCGAUUUCGUUAAUUCUUAUUACUUCUCUUAACGGUAUAUGUUCCAAGAAAAACAACUUUAAUAACUGUUCGCUAAAUACACCUCCUUUUAUUGAUUUUUAUAAUGUGUACUAUAGAUUUACUGUUCUUUUUGGUUUAUUGCUCACUUUACUCCCUUGUGUUCUGUUCUUAUUUUUGCUAUGGAUAUCUGGUUAUGAAUGUAUUUAUCGUAUUAC